UUGCCUUUUUUACCCUUUGCUCGUCUUCCAUAUUUCCUGGCUAGUUUCGUGUUUUUCUUUAACUUUCUUGUAGCCAUUUGUCUCCUCUUUGAACGUCCGGGAAAUGCUGCCACAUGUACCGAUUGUUUCAUCCAGUCAAGGGCUACUCACUACCCGAAUUCUGAUGAUAAAGGGACAGAAACCGGAAGUUGUGGCUAUGGCACAUUUGGUGCAACAAUCAAUGGAGGGCAUGUAUCCGCCGCAUCGCAACUCUACCGAAAUGGAGUAGGAUGUGGUGCCUGUUACCAGGUCAGGUGCACCAACAGUUACUACUGUUCAGACAAAGGUGUGACAGCUGUCAUAACCGAUCACGGUGCAAGUGACCGAACAGACUUCAUUCUGAGCAGACGAACACAGAAUUAUGUACGCAAACUAUUGGAUCGAAGUUAUGGAGCCGUAUGGACAACUGUGGCACCACCAAGUAGGCCCUUAUCAGUAAGAAUGCUACUUAGUGACGAAAAUGGAAAUGGGAAAUGGGUAGUUCCAGUCAAUAAUAUACCUGAAAACUGGAAACCUGGAGAUAUAUAUGAUUCAGGAGUACAAGUGAUGGCCUGA